UUAACGUUGGGUGUUCGACGACUCGCGUAGUCGUUCAGCAGAAAAGCAACCAACAUGGCGGCGGUCAAGUUCGGCUCGCAUUUGAAAGAGUUGAGGAUUUUGUUGUGCCAGACUUCCAAGUCCAGUCAAGGCGUGAGGGAUUUUAUCGAGCAGCAGUACGUCAAGAUAAAACAAAGCAACCCGAAUUUUCCAAUCUUGAUACGGGAAUGCUCGGCAAUCGAGCCGAUGCUCUAUGCCCGCUAUGAAUUCGGCACUGAACGCAAUGUCCCUCUGUCAGACAUGAAGUCCGAAGACGUCCUCAGCGAGGUCAAAAAAUUGUCCAACAAGUAACUAGGUGAAGAUGAUGGAUUAGAUAACUUGUAAUAUAUAAUUUAUUUAGAGAAAGUGAUGAGCGUAUAGCCUGUGCAGCGACCAUCUAUGUUUAUUGAACAUUAAAGAGGUAAUUUACGAUA